AUGUGUCAGAUCUUAGCAAGGGGGCCUACACCCUCGCCCUCGCUUUUGUCCGCCGCCCACGUCUUCUCUCGUCGUUGUCGCUUGCCCCCGACACCCACUCCUUCCCCCGUCGCUCACUCUCUUUCCGCCGUCACCCUCGCUUUCCCCCGCCGCCCUCUCCUUCUCCCGUCGUUCUCGUUUGCCCCCGUCAUCCACUCUUUCCCCCGUCGCACUCGCUUUCCCCCGUCGCCUUUGGCUUUCCCCCGUCGUCCUUGCUUCCCCCGUCGCCCUCGCUUUCCCCCGUCGUCAUUGCUUUCCCCCGUCUCUCUCGCUCUCCCCCGCCGCCCACUCCUUUCCCCGUCUCUCUCGCUUUCCCCCGCCGCCCACUCCUUCUCUCGUUGUUCUCGUUUGCCCCCGUCACCCACUCUUUCCCCCGUCGCACACGCUUUCCCCCGUCGCACUCGCUUUCGCCCGUCGUCAUUGAUUUCCCUCGUCUCUCUCACUCUCCCCCGCCGCCCACUCCUUUCCCCGUCCUCUCGCUUUCCCCCGCCGCCCACUCCUUCUCCCGUCGUUCUCGUUUGCCCCCGUCACCCACUCUUUCCCCCGUCGCCCUCGCUUUCCCCCGUCGCCUUUGGCUUUCCCCCGUCGUCCUUGCUUCCCCCGUCGCCCUCGCUUUCCCCCGUCGUCAUUGCUUUCCCCCGUCUCUCUCGCUCUCCCCCGCCGCCCACUCCUUUCCCCGUCUCUCUCGCUUUCCCCCGCCGCCCACUCCUUCUCUCGUUGUUCUCGUUUGCCCCCGUCACCCACUCUUUCCCCCGUCGCACACGCUUUCCCCCGUCGCACUCGCUUUCGCCCGUCGUCAUUGAUUUCCCUCGUCUCUCUCACUCUCCCCCGCCGCCCACUCCUUUCCCCGUCCUCUCGCUUUCCCCCGCCGCCCACUCCUUCUCCCGUCGUUCUCGUUUGCCCCCGUCACCCACUCCUUCCCCCGUCGCCCUCGCUUUCCCCCGUCGCCUUUGGCUUUCCCCCGUCGUCCUUGCUUCCCCCGUCGCCCUCGCUUUCCCCCGUCGUCAUUGCUUUCCCCCGUCUCUCUCGCUCUCCCCCGCCGCCCACUCCUUUCCCCGUCUCUCUCGCUUUCCCCCGCCGCCCACUCCUUCUCUCGUUGUUCUCGUUUGCCCCCGUCACCCACUCUUUCCCCCGUCGCACACGCUUUCCCCCGUCGCACUCGCUUUCGCCCGUCGUCAUUGA